AUGACGAAACAAGUGAUUGAGAUUUUGAGUGAGCUUAAAAGCGACGAUUUGGGGAAGAGACAGACCGUCAUUUCAAAAAUUUACCAAAAAGAAAUUGAUGUUAGUAUUUUUCAGGGCUUUGGGUACGAUUUUACAACAACAAUACUGCCUUAUACGUCGAGCCUUGAUAAAACAACCCAGAGUGAGUCGUUAAGUGUCACACUUGACUGGGUUAAUUAUCUUUUAACGCAACCGAAAGUCAACAUUAAAUUAUACGACCUCUGCAUGAAACAGUUUGUGAGUGAUGUAUAUUAUGCGUUGAACGACCAGGUUGAGACGUGUCUUGGGUUUGUUGUUCCUUUCCUUUGUGCUUCGUCUGUUUUUUGCACUCGCCAUUUUUCUGGCCUUUUAAAGGCUGUGUCGUUCCACUCAGAAAAUCACACACUUCUCAUCUUUUCAAUCUUAAAGGAAGUUCUCUCACUUGUGAAUAGAAAAGUCAUUUUCGUUCCUCCACUCGAUUGGUCAGCUCUUUUAGUGCUUUUGGCACUUCUUUUCCAUUUCUCAGAUAUCUCACAACAACAUGAGAUCAUCGAAACAUUAAGAGGAAUGGAGCGCUAUAACACAACUCUCACAACACAAUACAUAUCAACAUUUCUCAAGUCUUGUAAUAUACAAGAGACUUCGUUGUAUGAGGGUCUGAUGGUUGUUUAA